GUGUGUGUGUGUGUUUAUGAUCAAGCCUGAAGCAGUAAGAGGAGGAGGGAUACACGAGAAUUGACAGUUGAUGUAAAAGCCCCUUGCUGAUGUCCGUGUGCGGUAAACACUCACUGCGGUAAACAAGAGCGUAGAUCCGUUCAUUCAGAUCUGCAGGAGCGAUGAAUGAGCGCUGCGGACAGACGUUAUAAAGGACACCGCGCAAAGGCAGCAGGAUGAAGCUCGCCUGAGACUCCAGGAUGUCUUUCAAGAAGGAGACUCCGCUCGCCAACGCUGUGUUUUGGGCAGCGAGGAAAGGAAACUUGGCUCUGCUUCAGCUUUUAUUGAACAGCGGCCGAGUGGAUGUCGACUGCAAAGAUGCUUACGGCACCACAGCGCUGAUGGUGGCAUCAUAUAGUGGGCAUUAUGAGUGUGUUCGGGAGCUCAUCAUGCAGGGCGCAGAUAUUAAUCUGCAGAGAGAGACAGGCUCCACUGCCCUUUUCUUCGCCUCGCAGCAGGGCCACAAUGAGAUCGUCAAGCUCCUCUUCGAAUUCGGGGCGUCCACUGAGUUUCAGACAAAGGAUGGAGGAACGGCUCUCUGCGCCGCCUGUCAGUUUGGUCACUCCAGAGUGGUGGAAACCCUGCUGAAGAACGGUGCCAAUGUACAUGACCAGCUUAACGAUGGUGCGACGGCGCUGUUUUUGGCCUCUCAGGAGGGUCACGUGAACCUCAUUCGACAGCUUUUGUCAUCAGGAGCUAAAGUCAAUCAGCCUCGAGAGGACGGCACUGCUCCGCUCUGGAUGGCGGCUCAGAUGGGACACAGCGAGGUCGUCAAAGUUCUGUUGCUAAGAGGUGCAGAUCGAGAUGCAGACAGAAAAGACGGCUCCACGGCUCUGUUUAAAGCGGCUCAUAAAGGUCACUGCAGUGUCAUGGAGGAGCUCCUCAAGUUUUCUCCUUCACUCGGCAUCCUCAAGAACGGCUCCACUGCUCUUCAUGCUGCAGUUAUGGGUGGGAAUCUGAAAGCAGUUGAUCUUCUGCUGAAGGCAAACGCUGAUCCAGCUUUACCCAACACGAACAACGAGCUGCCGCAGGAUCUAACCAAGAGCGAGCGGAUCCUGCGAGUCCUGCGUCUGCCGCUGAUGAACGGAGAGAGUUGAUGAUGAGCCAAUGGAGAGUUUUCCAACUCAUGAGAAAUAAAUGCACUAAAUCCUGCUGAAAGGAGACUGAACUCCAGCGGUGCUUCUGCCUGCAGCUUCACUUCAACACAAACAGCUGCUUUUUUCAUCCUGGAAAUGUUAUGACGUCAGGUAACAGUAUUUUUUUGUUGCAUAUUUUAUAAGGAGGAGUUUUUGUUCUUUUAUUAUUUUAGUAAUGCUGGAUUGUCUUUAAGUCUGCAAAUGUGUUUAAUUUAAUAGCAUGUUUUAAUUUUAAAUGCUCUUAUCAGAGAAACUGCAGUCACAACCAAAUAAAAAUCGCAUAUUAGAUUAAAAAA